AUGAAAUCUUCCGACCGACUAGGGGGCUUCCCCCACCAACUUGGUGGCCGUUUCCGGGAAGCGCUUCUCUUCGCUCUCGCCGUCGCCAAAUCUCCUCAGGAACAUAUUGACAUCGGAUGGGAAAUUUCACGCAAAUACUUCUUUUCCGUCAUUUUUAUCUCCCUCGUGCUGUCGAAAUGCUUCCAUGUCUUCAUCCAUUUGAAGUCACUGACACUCUCCUCCCUUCUCUGGGGCCCCACCUUCUUCUUGGUGGAUAUCGUAUUGAUCCUGGUCGCGUGCGGCCUCACCCGGUCAUUUCAAUGGCGUACUACUAGAGACAUAGCAGCUGCGGUCAUUGUGAUCUUCAGUCUUGGUGUUUCUGGAAUGAGCGCUGCUAAUAUCUCCUUUUAUGUUCAAACCGGCUUGGAGAUCUACUGGCGAAGAUCGAAAACAUUCCAUAAGAGUGUGUCCGCCAAGACUGUCUUGGGAGGGUUAUUUGUCGCGUUCCUCGUCGAGGGAUUGAUCAUGGUUGGUGCAUACUUUGCUACACCGUAUUUAUUCCGUGCUACAGAUGCGUUUCUGGAGGUCUGGGCUUCAGUCUUCUCCGCCGCGUUCAGUCGCUGCCGUCGCAAGAAGCCCUUGCCAGACCCAGAGAUUUACGAGGAGAUCGCUAUCGAUGACUACCAUGACAGCGACAGUGAUUCGGUGGCCUUGCUGGAUACGCCUAGAGUUCCUCCUGUACGGACGACACACUCGCUAUGGAAGCGUGCGAUCAUCGUCCUGUGCAGCUCCGUGGUAAUUCUCCUGAGUCUUAUUCGUCCACAGGAUACAGCUUACAGCUUCCUCUCUGAGUCUCUGCCUCUCGCGCCGUUUGGUGGCCCCAAAUAUCGGCCCGCCCAUGUAACCGCCGCAACGCUACCGGGUUAUUACCCUUUGCUGAAGGAUAACUCUGCUUUGGAUCAUUUCCCGACAUUUGACUGGCUCCCUGUGGACGACGCAACAGGUGAAUUCCCUGAUUGGUCGCCUUUCCGCUACCUUGAGUUCAACAGGACAAUCCAGGAAUCUAAAUAUGCCCACUAUAACCCACUGAAAGAUCCUUUGCAUAUUCCGAACCUUCAAAACAACAUUUUGGAGCCUCUUCGGGAUGCGCUUCACAACGGAAGUGUGAAGAUUAAGCAUAUCAUUCUUGUCAAGUUGGAAAGCACUCGCCAGGAUAUUUGGCCCUUCCGCUCGGACUCCUUCAUGAUGGAUCUCAUUGAUAAGUCAUACAAAAAUGGCAGUAUCCCCAAGGACGUUAUGGCCAGAUUAUCCAACCUCACCCCCACUGCUGAGAGGCUGACCGGAUUCGAAACCGGCUUCCGCAAGGGCGAGGAGCAUCCCAAGCCAUAUGGAGGCAUCAGUGCAAGCAAAGCUUACACAUCAGGUACCUAUACUCUGAAGAGUAUCACGGGCACUGUUUGUGGUGCCAACCCCAUGGCUGUCGAAAACCAACUCGAGUAUAUGCACGAUAUUUACCAGCCGUGUUUGCCGCACAUUUUUGAAGCAUUAAAUCAUCAGCCUAACACAACCGCCGAGGGUGCUGAUUGGACUUCUUGGCCUUGGCACACUAUGUGGAUGCAAUCGCACUACGGUACCUGGGAUAAGCAGGAGAAUCUCACUCCUCAUCUAGGCUACAAAGACAUCAUGACAAGAGAAUCUAUUAAUGACAAUGGGAGGAAAUACAUACCGGAAGAAAAUGAAGAGGAGGAACAUCAUGGACACGAGGACAAGGUUUUGAAGAACUAUAUUCGUGAUCUGUUUGCCGACGCCAAAAAGAACAAUACUCGUGUCUUCCUCAGUCAUUUGACCCACAAUACCCAUACUCCUUACUUCAUCCCCGGUGAAUACGAGGAAAUGUUGGGUGAUGCGGGUUCCGGUCUCAACUUGAAGUUAAACAGACAUCUCAAUACCAUGCACUACCAAGACCAGUGGAUUUCUGAGAUCCUUGAGGUUCUUGAAGAAGCUGGUGUUGCAGACGAGACUCUCCUUGUCAUGGCCGGUGAUCACGGUCUAUCACUUCCUAAUGACGGUGGUAUCACAGCCUUCCAUGACCCCCAUGUUGCCAGUUUCCAUGUGCCUCUGUUCUUCUCGCACCCCAAGAUACCUCAAAUCGAAGUUGAUAGCCCGGUUCUCUCAACUCAAAUCCUUCCCACCCUCUUGGAUCUCCUCAUUGAAACCGGCUCAAUGGACGAGCAAUCCACAAAGAUCCUUAAUGACUUGUUGCCAUUGUACGAGGGCCAGUCAAUGCUACGACCACUCAUCACCGAGAAAGACGGCAAGCAAGAAUGGCAUUUCUCUACAAUGAACCCUGGCGGAACAUGGGUUUCCAUGCGAUCCGCGGCCCAGCCAUACCGCCUCGUCGUACCUCUGGUAGCUGAUGCACCAUGGCGAUUCACCAACGUCAUCAAAGACCCCUUUGAGCUGUCUCCCGAGGAAGACCUUGAUGUUGUCACUCUGAUUGACGUCGUGCAGAACACUGCUGGCGUCGAUGCAGCCAGGUGGCUGAAUGAGGCUGCACAUGUUGCUCAGUGGUGGAUCUUGGAGAACAGACGGCGCUGGAAGUUCGAUCCUAAUAACCCGGAGUCUCCCAACGGGUUGAUUGUUUGA